AUAAAAACCGCACACAACGAAAUCGCAAGUUGAAAAGUUGAAGUUCGAAAUGUCGCGCGACCUGACUCACACACGCCUUUGGGUGUCCUCCUUCUCUCCCUCUCUCCAUUUGGCCAUGAUUCGUUUGGUUGCAUCCCUCCCCAAACGAACCUUACUGCAACCCACAAUGUCUACAAUGUCCGUCCGAACAACCACCAGCAGUACUCAAAACGCCCCAUUACCUGUGACCCCGCUGACUGUCAAAGAACGCACCGAACAUCUCUCAGUUCUGCAAGGAUGGAAACUUGUAAACGAUGGCAAGCGGGACACAAUUCAAAAGUCAUUCCGGUUCGAAGACUUUAAUGAAGCGUUUGGGUUCAUGACAAGAGUAGCGAUGCAAGCAGAAAAAAUGGACCAUCAUCCAGAGUGGUUCAACGUUUACAACAAGGUCGACAUAACGCUUUCAACUCACGACUGCAGCGGUCUAAGUAUUCGGGAUGUAGAGUUGGCCAGAGUUAUUGAUCGUCAAGUUGGAAAGGAGAGACCAGAGAGUGUGGUAUAGGUGGAGCACCAAGUUACCCGUUCUAAACCCGAGGCCAUGCUCGUGUAGAAAAGAUAUAAAAGUCAAGUAGAUGCUCACAGGCUAGUUGCGCAGCUACCAGGAAUAAUAUAACUGCUGGUUGACUUGUAAACGACUCUGGUCCUUGAAUCUUUAAAAAUAAAAAGCCCGAACUUUGAAUAGAAAUCGGUGAUUUUUCGGAGGAUUGGGGGGUAAUCCUUGUGACUAUAUAAAAAGGACCAUGAGACAUAAUUCAACCCUCAUCAUAGAUCAAAGC